UAGUUUUUUUAGAAAUGUCCGACGGACGAGUCGUGGGUCGCGGAUGUAGUGACGUUUAUUAAUAUUUUUAUUAGAAAAUAUACCAAUUAGAACGUUAUUUGUUUCAUAAACUUUGUGUUGUAAAGUAGAUGAAGUGAUCUGCGAUAAAGUUUUAUUAAAAACCGGUAACACCGUAAAGAUUACUGUAUAACCUCUUCGUCUGGACAAUCUAUAAUCUUUCUCGUAAUUGAAGCUAAAAAUUCUUUAGCUCGCGAUAAAUGAAAGUGUUGUUUACAUUCCGUGAAGUGUAUGGUGUGCGAAUCCUACGCGUUGUGUGUACGAAUCUGUUGUUGAGCAGUUACGUGCUGGAAAAAUGUGUAAACGAGAAGCUUUGUGUUUAAAAUGAGUGUAAAUUCGUGUAAUCCAAUUACGAAGUGUAUUUGUUGUAUUUGUGCUGGAAUGUUGCCGUAGGAGUGCAAUGUCCAGGCUCGUCGACUACUUCGUUAUUGUGGGCUUCGACCACGAGAAGGAGAGGGGCGGUCUGAACAGCGGCGUUGUCCUUCAACGGUUUCCCGAGAUCAACUGGGACGACACACCCUUCCACGACGGUAUAGGAUGGUUCUGCCAGCCGCAAGGAUGGGCGCUCUCGACAGAACGGACGGAGCCUCGGUUCUACGUGUCUGUCUUGACAGAUGUGGACGCCAACCGCCAUUACUGCGCCUGUCUGUGCUUCAACGAGACCGUCGCCAUUACACCCACCAAGCCCGCAGACGAGGACGAAGAAUCAUUAGAAUCGACGCGACCAGUGCCGAAUAUCACCCACCACAGCAUCAUGUACGCUCCCAAAUGCCUCGUCAUCGUAUCGAGGCAGGACUACAUCGAUACAUUCAGGAACUGCCUGGGUAUAAUCUACACAGUAUGGGUGGAGAACUUGGGCGUGCCUCUGGAGACGUUGGUCGGUAACUUGGUGGGCGGCGUGCUGGUGCCGGACCCGGGCGGGCCGCAGGUGCGGUUCAGCAUCGGCGCUGGGGACCGCCAGGCUCUGCAACCUCCCGCCGCGCCGCCCAUGCCAGUUACACACACUGCUGUUUAUAUGCUGUUGAGGUUGCUUGGUAUCCACAACUCGGUGACGCUAUGGUGUGCAGUGAUGAGCGAGCACAAAGUCCUCCUAGUUUCCUUGGCAGCGGCUCGACUGGCGGCAGCCUGCAGGGCUCUGGCUGCGCUGAUGUUCCCAUUCAGAUAUGCCCAUGUCUAUAUACCCCUGCUGCCAGCCGGUCUAGCUGAAGUCCUAGCCACACCGACGCCCUUUCUCAUCGGAGUCCAUUCGAGUUUGAAAGAGGAGGUGUCGGAACUGUUGGACGUAAUAGUAGCAGAUUUAGACGUAGGCUCCCUCCACAUACCGGCUGGUGUGAACAUUCCCCGUCCAGAAGGCAAGCUGCUGUCCUCGCUACAGGAAGCCCUAGCGCUGGUGCUGCAGCCGGAGCUUCGGUCCGCAGACUCGGCCUUCGCCCCACCACCACCAGCCUCGUCCCCACCACAUAUGCUCGAUAAGGAGAUCAGGGCUGUGUUCAUGAGGACCUUGGCGAAACUUCUGCAGGGAUAUAGACACUGCCUAACAAUAAUCCGCAUCCACCCGUCUCCCGUCCUGACGUUCCACAAGAUGGGUUUCCUGGGCGCUCGCGGUCUGUCGCAGUGCCAGUUCGCGGUGCGGCUGUUGGACUCCAUGUUCUUCAACGGUCUGGUGGCUGAACGAGGUCCGCCUUGGAGAGCCACCGAUAUAUGGGAUGAACUUGUUCAAAACCUUCCAGAACAAAUGCGACUAGAAUCUCUAAACCCUGAGCUAGAAUUGCAACACAUACAAGACUUGGCCAUGCAGUUGCAUCUCAAUGAAAAUCCCAACCCACAGGCGUUCCAGCAGCGCAUCCUCCGUCCCCCAGAGGGUGCAUCCUCGCGCAUCCAUCAACCUCCCCUGCCUGCACUGGACGCGGCGCGAGUCAGGGACGUCAUGAGGGAGGUCGCGCAGAGGAGUGCUUCCAACCCUAAACUAUCAGCUCUCCGGCCCGUACAGUCCCGUAUCGUAGCUCCGGGGGCACCCCCCACCGGGGCCGCCGACUACGGACAUCUGCUGCUCACCAACUCUGCUAGAAGGCUCGAGGUGCUACGCUCGUGCAUCGCGGCCAUAUUCGAGUGCCGGUACGCGGACGCGCGCAAGUCGCUGCCCGGCGUGGUGCGCGCGCUGCGGGCCGCGGGCGCGCGCGCCGCGCUCGUGCGCGACCUGGCCGCGCGCCUGCCCAGCAACAAGCAUCUGCUGCACCACCACCAGUUCGAGCUCGUCGUCAGACUAAUGAACUGCGCGCUGCAGUCGGCGACGGCGUUGGAUGAGCACACUAUCGCGGCGGCCAUGUUGCCGCUCGCUACCGCCUACUGCAGGAAACUAUGCACCGGAGUCAUACAAUACGCUUACAUGUGCAUACAGGAACAUCAAGUAUGGACAAGCCAGCAGUUUUGGGAGGCAGCGUUUUACCAAGACGUGCAGAGGGACAUCAAAGCCCUGUAUCUACCUAACCCCACACAUCAUCAGAGAGUGCCAAGUCCUAGUCUUGACUCGUAUUCCAGAGAUGACGAGGAAUACAUAUCGCUGCUAAAGGCUCAGGAGCCGAGCGCGUUGGAGAUUGCAGCCGAACAGAUGAGGCUGUGGCCAAGCUUAGCUCCAGAAAAACAACGCGAGUUAAUAGCAAGCGAAGAGUCGACGUUGUACAGCCAGGCGAUACACUACGCCAACCGGAUGGUGUACCUGCUACUGCCGCUAGAGGGCGCCGGCAGACGAGCUGACGUCAGGGGAGACGACGCCGACAGGGCUAGCAAUAGUAUUACUAAUAGUGUGGCUGAAUCGGAUAGUGUGGACGCGGAGUCAGGCUUCGAGGAGGCAGACCCGGGCGAGGCUGGGAACAACGUUAUCAAAAUGGUUUCCCGAUUUGUUGAUAAGGUGUGUACGGAAGGCGGUGUGACUGCAGAGCACGUUCGCUGCUUACACCAGAUGAUACCGGGAGUCGUGCAUAUGCAUCUAGAGACGUUGGAUGCAGUCGCCAGAGAAAGCAGAAGAUUACCACCCGUCCAAAAGCCUAGAAUAGUGGCUCCGGCGCUAGUCCCGGGCGAGACGGUGACCGUCCCAGCCUUGCGGGCCUACCUCGUCAGCGACGGUCGCAACACCGCGCUACUGCCGGCAGAGGGCGCUCUGUUCCUCACUAAUUAUAGACUUAUAUUUAAAGGCACUCCUACUGAUCCUUAUGCUUGCGAGCAGACGGUGGUGCGAUCGUUCCCCGUGUGCUCGUUGACGCGAGAGAAACAAGUCCGGACCAACUACCUGCCGCACUUGGAACAGUCGCUGCAAGAGGGGCUGCAGCUCCGCUCCGCUACAUUCCAGUUGAUCAAGGUGGCGCUGGACGAGGAGGUGGGCAGCGAGGCGGUGGAGUCGUUCCGCAAGGCCGUGGCGCGGCUCCGCCACCCCGCGCACGUGCUGCACCACUUCGCGCUGGCGCCGCGCUCCGCGCCGCCCGCGCCGCACGCCAUGCCCAAGCACCACACGCUCAAAGGGUUUGCCAAGAAGACCCUGCUGAAGACGGCGCGGCGCGCGGGCCUGAAGCCGAAGCCGUCGAAGCGGCAGAAGUACGUGCUGCCGUCGGCCGACGCGCGGUCGCUCACGUCGCCGCCGCUCAUGGCGUCCCUGUCCGCUGACACGCUGUCCUGUGAGUCGCUUUAUACAAUGGAGGAGCUGGAGCUGGGCGGCGAGAGCGCGGAGAGUGGGGGCGGUGGGGGCGCGGGGGGCGCGGCGCGCUGCGUGGAGCGGCUGCGCGAGCGCCGGUACGCGCGCGACUGGCUGCGCCUGGGGCUGGGCGCCGCGCCCUUCCGACUCGCGCACGCCAACGCCGUCUACACGCUCUGCAGGAGUUACCCGGCAGUGAUCCCCGUACCCGAGAGUUUCGGCGACGACUCCCUGCGGCGCGUGUCGCGCUGCUACCGGCAGGGCCGCCUGCCUGUACUCACCUGGAGACAUCCAAGGACACACGCGCUACUGGCCAGAUCUGCAGCCCCCCACCAUAAAGGAGUAAUGGGAAUGUUGAAAGCAAGCCACCAAACUCCGGGCAACACACAGAGUGGGACGGAGACUACGUCCAGUUUAGAACAGGAACGGUACCUAGCAACACUGGUUGCCUGCACGCCAGCGUCGCGUGGUGACCUGGAGGACUCGAGUUUGAGUCUCGACUCGUUACUUCUGUGCUGCGAGGACCAACGCGAGGCCACACAUACACCAUUACUUACUAAAGCUGCUGGGACACUUGGCGUGUUGGGUCGCAACAGCGGCGGCAAGGGCGGCGCCAGCGCGGCGCGCCACUUCGGGCGCUGGGGGUCGCUCAAGGACCGGCGCCAGACCUCGCACCUCGACCUCUACGCGCCGCGACAGAGGCUCUCCACUGCUGAUGCCGACUCUGUAUGCGGCGACGGUCCCGGCGGCGGCAGUUCCCGGCGCGCGUCCCUGUACAUCGUGUGCGACAAGGGGGGCGCCGCCCCCUGCGUGGCGGGCGCCGAGCUGGUGCCGGCGGAGUACCCGGAGCCCCGCGCCACCAAGCACGCCUUCAAGAAGCUCAUGCGGGCCGCCGUGCCCUCAGCGCCGCCUGCCGCAGAGCAUCCUGGGUUCCUCAGAUUAAUAGAAGAGUCGGGCUGGUUGUGGCAGCUGCGGCAGUUGUUCCAGCUGUCGGGCGCCGUGGUGGACCUGCUGGACCUGCAGGGCUCCUCCGUGCUACUGUCGCUCGAGGAUGGCUGGGACGCCACUGCACAGAUAUCAUCUCUAGCCCAGAUCUGCCUGGAGCCGUACUACCGCACGCUGGAAGGGUUCCGCAUCCUGGUGGAGAAGGAGUGGCUGGCGCUGGGCCACAAGUUCCAGCAGCGGUCCAACAUCGGGGCCACGCCGCAGCAGGGCUUCACGCCCACAUUCCUCAUGUUCCUGGAUGCUGUACAUCAGUUGCAGAAACAGUUCCCCCUAGCGUUCGAGUUCAACGAGUACUACCUGCGCUUCGUGGCGUACCACUGCGUGUCGUGUCGGUUCCGGUCCUUCCUGCUGGACAACGAGGCGCAGCGGGCAGACCUCGGCAUCACCGCCGCUGACGAUAAACGGGCCGAUACUAAUAGGAUGGUAUACCUGUACGAGGCGGGCAGCGAGGCGGGCGCGGGGUCGGAGGAGGAGUGCGGCGGGGGCUCGUCCGGGCCGCGCGGCCCCACGCUGGGACACUCGCUGUUCGACUACAUCGACAGACACCAUCAGAAGUCGCCCAUCUUCUACAACUUCCUAUACACGCCGGAUUUGGAUAAUCCAGUUCUCCGUCCAGUAUCAUCAAUAAGUGCGCUAGAGGUCUGGCAGUACUACACGAGCGAGGAACUGUCCCACGGCGCCCCGUACGACCUGGAGGUGCUGGCGCCCGCGGAGACGGAGCCCCGGCAUCCGCAGCGCAGGGUCGUCACUGCUGGCUACGACAGCAUAGCCCGCAGCAUGCCGGACUCGUUCACGGGGCUGCUGGAGCGGAUCCGGCAGCUGGAGCUGGAGCUGGGCCAUCUGCCGCAGAAGUGGAGGGUGCGCUGGGACCAGCUCGAGCUGCCCAACACGCUGGAGCUACAGCGCAACUCGUCGAUGUCGUCGGGCGUGGUCCGUCGCGCCACGCUGGCCGUGCACAAGCGGGGCACGCUGGAGGUGCUGGUCCGCGGGCGCCUGGCCGCCGCGCCCCCCGCGCCCGCGCCCCCCGCGCCCCCCGCCCACCGCUGGGCGCCCGCGCCCGCCGCCGCGCCCGCGCGCUGCGACCACUGCCAGGACCUACUGUGGGGGCCGCUCAAGACGGGCGUCCGUUGCGUGGACUGCGGCGCGUCGUGCCACGAGCGCUGCGCGGAGGCGUGGGCCCCGCCCUGCACCAAGUACAAGGCGCCGCCGCCGCCCGACGCCGACACUCUCUGCGCGCCGCUCUCCGCAGGAGUGUCGACCCUGCAGUCGUCGUCGCAGCAGUACUACGAGCAGUUCUCGUCCAACGUGGCCGAGAACCGGACGCACGAGGGACACCUGUACAAGCGGGGCGCGCUGCUCAAGGGAUGGAAGCAACGUUGGUUCGUACUGGACUCCAUCAAGCAUCAGCUGCGGUACUACGACGCGAUGGAAGACUCGCAUUGCAAAGGAUUCAUUGAUCUCGCCGAGGUGAUCACAGUGACGCAGGCAUCGCCCGCGCCCGGACCGCCCAAGAAAUGUGAUGAUAGAUCCUUCUUUGAUUUACGCACAAGCAGACGUACGUACAACUUCUGCGCCAGUGACGCGAACGCUGCGCAAGAGUGGAUCGAGAAGCUACAGGCGUGUCUGCAGUGAGCACUAGUGACGUACCACGGUAUUCAGACAUCGAUAUAUAUCGAUAGUACGCUCACGACUCACGAGCUAAAGUAUCUGUCGAUAGAUAUAGCGGCAGUACUAAUCGAUACUAAUCGAAUGACGCGACUCGAUUCAGAGUUAUCGAUACCGAGAUGAAUCGAUUGUUGAAGAAAAUCGUUUUAAAUAUAUCUAAGACUCGAUAUGAAUGUUAUUACAAGACUAUUAUUUUUUGUUUUUAUAUUAAUUACAAGUUGAUUUAAAUGAAUAUUAUUCCGGGCUCGUGUUUAGCCGGGAGCGUUGAACAUUGACAGUAGUUAAUUUAAUUUAUGAAGUUUAUAGUUUUGUCCCGCGGGGGUAGGCAGAAGGCUUGGUAAUGUUAAAUAUUGGAUGUGUAGGGCUAUGAUCUCGAUGCGGUGUGAAUAUUGACUACAUGGUUGUUUUUGUGAGACAUUAAACUUAUAAUUAAUCUGAAACAUAUAAAAAUAAUUAAAUGUACGGUUUACAGAUUAAAAAAUACGUAUGUAUUAUGAGUAAAUAAGAUUUAAAAGAUCCUGCGAUUUCUUUAAUGUCCAACCAUCAGAUCUUGACUUGAUUUCUAUUUUAUAGGUGUAUGCGUUAUUGAGUAAUUUACAAAUAUAAAUAUAAAUACAUACAAUAUGCCACAGAGUUGACAACUUCGUCUGUUUUAACCGCCUUGCAAAUAAGGAAGAGGUUCUCAUUAGAUUUUUUCGGUUGAAAAGAAAUUUCGAUCAAUUUCUUGUAUUUUCAGCUUAUUACUACAUAUUUUCCUUCACAACUCUUUUAUCUUGUAGAUAUAAUAUUCUUAGUUAAAAUAAAGUCCAUUUUAGCGUGUUUCUUAUAAAAUUCUACUUACAUAAGUCCUUAUAUCUCACAAAAACAAUUCAACAUAAUAUACAUAGUUGAAUUAUGUCAAAAGUAUUUAUAUAAUAAUAAUAAAAUAAAAUAAUUAUUAUUAAUAAUAAAGAAUUAGUGUCGUAUGUUUCUCGUUUGUAAAUAAUGUAACGAUGACUGUUGUGUAAAGAGUUCGAUUCCAGUUUGUGUAAUGUUAUGUUGUUAGUUUACGUUAGAUGUUAUUUGUAUUGUUUUUUUUUGUAACGUUUUUUAUGACGAGGCGGCUUUGUGUUGGGACAUUGCGUUUUGGAAAUAUCGAAAUUAGAUUUCUAAACAGUAUUUUUUUAAAUGGUUGAAUUUAUAAUUAUGUGCAUUUAACUGUUUCACUAUAAUGGUUACUUAAUGCCAAUCCUUUUGGAACAUGAAAUCUUUACUAAGGAAUGGUUUAAGUAAUUAUUAAUAAUUAAUGUCUCUGAGUACGACAGUAAAAUUGUUAUGAAAAUAUGUAGUGACACUUUGCAACAAAAGAAUUGAUACUGUUUUGCCAUUCAAAUUACAUGAUGUCCCAUAAAGACAAGACAGUAUAAUUUAAAUUGAAAUCUAUGAACGGUUUUGUCUCAACACCGACGAAGCUACCUACGGCACAUGAUUACACCGUACACAGCUAGCCAUACAACGCUAUACUUAGUUCUAAUACUUGUAAAGUUUAUAUAAUUAUAUAACGUUCGGGAAUCUCGUUCCAACCCCACAACUUGUUACAUACUCAUUUUUGUAUGAUUUGUAAAUAAGUACACGAUUUUUUGUUCCACAUAUCAGGAAGGGGGCGCCACCGUGUAUGUACAUACAUAGCUCAUGUAAAUAUUAACGUUAUGUUUCUAUAAUUGCAUUUAUUAUCACGAAUGGUGGGUUAUGAGAGAGCGCUACUGGUCUCACAACUAUCUAAUACUCAAACAUUAAGAUUCGACUCGAGAUUAACUUAUUGUGUCGUUGUACAAGACCAGUUGUUAUCGCGAAGAGAUUAUUUGUGCCAAAUAUGCACAAAGUGCACAGUGUGUGAAGUGAUUUGUUUAUAAGCGAUGGCUUCAGAGCUAAUAGCAAUAUUGUUUGCCUUACUUUGCAUACGGAAGAACUGCUAUAUGCUUCGGAUAGAGGCGACUGUGAAGUGGUACACAAAUUAAUGAACAAAAAUGGAGUUUGAAAUCAAUUAUUAUAAGGGUUAAACGUUUAAAACUACUUCAGAGCUCGCCCGAGUAUAGUAGGAGUUAGCUUGGCUUCCACAAGACGUAACAAGAUGAAGCCUAUUGCUGUACGUUACGCCUCUAGUGCAAUAUAACAUGUUAUAUAAUUAUUAUUCAAGUUUGCACUCAUUUGUCGAAUUAUGUGUAAAAAUGACUGAUUUUUAUGUUUGUGACUAGCACGUUUAGUAAUUACUUUCAUCGUUCGAUCGUAUUGUUAUUUACGUUGUUCCAAUGUACGGCAGUAGGCUGAGACGACCCUGUGACAGUGCACGCGCGUACCAUCAAAUAAAGAGAUUUUUAAAAUUGU